GUGCUCAAUAACAGCUGUUGAUUGAUUGAAGUACUAGGACCUCUGAACCAAAGAGGAAAACAAGCACAUGUUCAGUAGAAGGAUGGCACUAUCCCGAGGGUGGUUGAUUCUACGGAACAACAUGAAGAGACGAAAAUAGCAGUUUAAGGGGCUUGGCCGUGAAAGGAUGGCCUUCUUGGACAACCCAACUAUCAUUCUGGCUCAUAUUCGGCAGUCCCACGUGACCAGCGAUGACACAGGGAUGUGUGAAAUGGUUUUAAUUGAUCAUGAUGUUGACCUCGAGAAGUUUCAUCCCUCUACAGUGACUGGAGACAGUGGCCCGGAAAUUCAGGGAAGCGGUGGUGGUGAGAAUCAGGGCUUUGUAUAUGCCCAGUCUGUCGACAUUACCUCAAGCUGGGACUUUGGCAUCAGAAGGCGAUCGAACACAGCUCAGAGAUUAGAACGACUUCGGAAAGAGAGGCAAAACCAGAUAAAGUGCAAAAAUGUUCAGUGGAAAGAGAGAAAUGCUUCUCACUCAGCGGAGGAGCUCAGCUCACUGUUUGAAAAAAAGAACUUCAAAGUUAAGUCUUCAAAUUCUGGGAAGCAGUCAAUAUUAUCAGUACGACUUGAACAGUGCCCUCUCCAGCUGAAUAACCCUUUUAAUGAGUACUCAAAAUUUGAUGGCAAGGGUCACAUAGGUACAACUGCAACCAAAAAAAUUGAUGUCUACCUCCCACUGCACACAAGCCAAGACAAACUGUUGCCAAUGACAGUGGUGACAAUAGCUAACGCCAAGGUGCAUGACCUGAUUGGACUAAUAUGCUGGCAGUACACCAGUGAAGGACGGGAGCCGAAGCUCAAUGACAAUGUCAGUGCAUACUGUCUUCAUAUUGCUGAGGAUGAUGGCGAGGUUGACACUGACUUUCCACCCCUGGAUUCCAAUGAGCCCAUUCAUAAAUUUGGCUUUAAUACUUUGGCUUUAGUUGAAAAGUACUCUUCUCCUGGUCUGGCAGCCAAGCAGUCGCUCUUUGUCCGAAUAAAUGCUGCUCAUGGAUUCUCACUUAUUCAGGUGGACAGUAUGAAGGUCACCAUGAAAGAUAUCUUACAGAAGGCAUUAAAGCGGAGGAAGGGAUCUCAGAGGGGCUCAGGUCCUCAGUAUCGCCUGGAGAAGCAGAGUGAACCCAAUGUCCCAGUAGAUUUAGACUGUACCUUGGAGAGCCAGAACACUUUGGAAUUCUGCCUUGUCCGAGAGAACAGUUCAAGGGGAGAAGGGGUUUCUGAGGAGGACCCUCAAAUUGACAUAGCCACCGUACAAGAUAUGCUUAGCAGCCAUCAUUACAAAUCGUUCAAAGUCAGUAUGAUCCAUAGACUUCGUUUUACAACGGAUGUACAGUUAGGUAUCUCUGGAGAUAAGGUUGAAAUAGACCCUGUUACUAAUCAGAAGGCCAGCACUAAGUUUUGGAUUAAGCAGAAACCCAUUUCAAUCGAUUCUGACCUCCUCUGUGCCUGUGACCUUGCCGAAGAAAAAAGCCCGAGUCAUGCAAUAUUUAAACUUACAUAUCUUAGCAAUCACGACUACAAACACCUCUACUUCGAAUCCGACGCUGCUACCAUCAAUGAAAUCGUGCUGAAGGUGAACUAUAUUCUGGAAUCGCGAGCAAGUACCGCCCGAGCUGACUACUUAGCUCAGAAACAAAGAAAACUAAGCAGAAGAACCAGCUUUAGCUUCCAGAAGGAGAAGAAAUCAGGACAGCAGUGACGCCUAGCCCGGAGCAAAACAAACUGCUUGUACCAUUUGCGGGGCGGGAAGGGAGGGAAUGGGGGGGAAAUUGGCUCCCCAUGGCCCAGGACCGGUGGGGGCCUGAACAACCAACUGUACUCUAGCUGCCAACAGCAGCCAGGAAAGAAAAAUCCACUUUUGCCGUUUCUUCUGGUUCCUGGAUCCCUACCAUCGUUCAGGUGGUUGGGACAUACAAAAGCCAAUGGGCCUGCCUUUCUGACCAAAAUUAAGAGCCAUAUCUGCUGGAGAUUAAGACGGCUGCUGCUGAUGCAGAAGACCGUUUGGAUGAGGAGUGUGAAGCAGCCAUUUGCUGGCUUAACUACAUUACGCAGUACAUACAAUCAAAAGCAAAAAGAAGGGGGUACCAGCUUUUUUCACAGCUUGAUUCCAUCUACAUACCCGAAAGAGAUUUUCUGACAUGAUCAAAUUCCUAAAACAGAAGCAGAACAAAAAUUCGCUCACCGUUCCUUUUAAUAAACAGGAUCGUCUUUUC